AUGGAAAGCAAAAGUUUGGGAGCCAAGGGGCAAAGUGGGAAGCUCAGCGGCUCCCUCCGCAGAAUGAGCAGCUCCUUCCAACGCACUUCUCUGAAGGGUUCAGUGUCUGGAUCCCAGAAGGGUCAAAAAGCUUGGAUAGAGAAAACCUUCUCCAAGAGAGAGUGCACGCACAUAAUUGCCAACAGCAAAGACGCUAGCAGGUGCUGCUGCGGCCAACUCCUCACCCAACACAUCCCCAUUCCCGGCGCAACAGCAAACAAGAAUGGAGAAGACCCAGCAAGGCAGGUAGAAGCUCAGCCAGAGAAAUGGUCCAUCAGUAAACACACCCAAGUCCUCCCAACAGAUGCCUUUGGAAAUCUCGAGUUCCAAGGUGGAGGUCAUAUCAAUAAGUCCAUGUACAUCCGAGUCUCCUACGACACCAAGCCGGACUUGCUUCUCCAUCUCAUGGUGAAGGAUUGGCAGCUAGAACUCCCCAAGCUCUUAAUAUCUGUCCACGGGGGGCUCCAGAACUUUGAACUGCAGCCCAAAUUGAAGCAAGUGUUUGGGAAGGGCCUCAUCAAGGCUGCCAUGACCACAGCUGCUUGGAUUUUCACCGGAGGAGUCAGUACAGGAAUCAUUCGUCACGUUGGAGAUGCCCUGAAAGACCACUCUUCCAAGUCCAGAGGACGCAUCUGUGCCAUUGGCAUUGCCCCAUGGGGCAUUGUGGAAAACAAGGAGGAUCUGACUGGGAAAGAUGUGACAAGACUUUAUCAAACAAUGUCGAACCCACUCAGCAAACUUUGUGUGCUGAACAGCUCCCAUACACACUUCAUCCUUGCCGACAAUGGCACCCUUGGCAAAUAUGGGGCGGAGGUGAAACUGAGGCGCCAGCUGGAGAAGCACAUCUCCCUGCAGAAAAUCAACACCCGCCUGGGGCAAGGGGUCCCUGUGGUGGGAUUGAUAGUUGAAGGUGGCCCCAACGUGAUCUCGAUUGUCUUGGAAUAUCUGCGUGAAGAGCCACCGCUUCCCGUUGUCAUCUGUGAUGGCAGUGGACGAGCAUCGGACAUUAUAUCAUUUGCACACAAGUACUCAGAAGAAGGAGGCAUAAUAAGUGAAUCUCUUAGGGACCAGCUGCUUGUCACCAUUCAGAAAACGUUCAACUACAGUCGGAAUCAAGCUCAUCAGCUCUUUGUGAUGCUCAUGGAGUGUAUGAAGAAGAAAGAACUGAUUACGGUGUUCCGCAUGGGAUCUGAAGGGCAGCAAGAUAUUGAGAUGUCCAUCUUAACGGCUUUACUUAAAGGUACCAACGUCUCUGCACCAGAUCAGUUGAGCUUAGCUCUGGCCUGGAAUCGGGUUGAUAUUGCACGCAGCCAAAUCUUCGUCUUCGGGCACCAAUGGCCGCCGUUGGGAAGCCUUGCUGGGACACCUCAGGAAAAGGAGAAGAAAUCUCCCGUGCCUCAGGUGAAAGGAACAAGAGGAAAAGGGAAAGGGAAAAAGAAAGGCGGAAAGCAGAAAGAAGAACCGGAAGAAGAACUGGAUCCAAGGAAACUUGAACUGUUAAACUGGGUCAAUGCCCUGGAGCAAGCAAUGCUAGAUGCGCUUGUCCUGGACCGUGUGGACUUUGUGAAGCUUUUGAUAGAGAACGGGGUCAACAUGCAGCGAUUCCUCACCAUCCCACGGCUAGAAGAGCUUUACAACACUAGACUUGGCCCACCAAACACUUUGCAUCUGCUUGUGAGGGAUGUGAAAAAGGGAAAUCUACCCCCGGAUUACCAUAUCAGCCUCAUUGACAUUGGCUUGGUGUUAGAGUACCUCAUGGGAGGGGCGUAUCGCUGCAAGUAUACGCGGAAGAGUUUCCGAACCCUCUACAACAAUUUAUUUGGACCAAAACGGCCUAAGGCUCUUAAACUUCUAGGGAUGGAGGAUGAUGAGCCUCCAACCAAAGGCAAGAAACGGAAGAAGAAGAAGAAGAAGGAGGAAGAUGUUGACAUUGACCUGGAUGAUCCGGAAGUCAGCCGUUUCCAGUACCCUUUCCAUGAGCUCAUGGUUUGGGCAGUGCUGAUGAAGAGGCAAAAAAUGGCCCUCUUUCUAUGGCAGCGUGGAGAAGAAGCCAUGGCCAAGGCUUUGGUGGCCUGCAAACUCUACAAAGCCAUGGCCCAUGAAUGCUUGGAGAGCGAGCUUGUAGAUGACAUCUCCCAAGACCUGGACAACAACUCCAGGGAUUUUGGCCAGUUGGCUGUGGAGCUGCUGGAUCAGUCCUACAAGCAUGACGAGCAGGUGGCCAUGAAACUGUUGACCUAUCAGCUGAAGAACUGGAGCAACUCGACCUGCCUGAAACUUGCUGUUGCAGCAAAACACCGGGAUUUCAUUGCACACACUUGCAGCCAGAUGCUGUUGACUGACAUGUGGAUGGGAAGGUUGCACAUGCGGAAAAACCCAGGUCUUCAGGUCAUCAUGGGGAUCCUCUUACCUCCCACUAUCCUCUUCCUGGAAUUCCGCACCUAUGACGACUAUUCCUAUCAAACAUCCAAGGACAAAGAAGUUGGCAAAGAAAAAGAGGAGGACAAUGCGGAUGCAAAUGCGGACGUUGGCUCUCGAAAGGGAGACGAAGAGGAUGGGAACAAUAAGCAGAGGAGCCUUCCCAUUGGAACUAAGAUCUGUGAAUUCUAUAACGCACCCAUUGUGAAGUUCUGGUUUUACACUAUAUCCUACCUGGGCUACUUGAUGCUGUUCAAUUACAUCAUCUUGGUUCGGAUGGACCGCUGGCCCUCAGUCCAAGAAUGGGUGGUCAUCUCGUACAUCAUGACUCUGGCUUUAGAGAAAGUCAGGGAGAUUUUGAUGUCAGAACCAGGGAAGUUAAGUCAGAAAAUCAAAGUGUGGCUGCAGGAAUAUUGGAACAUCACCGAUUUGGUGGCCAUUUCUGUGUUCCUGAUUGGAGCUAUUCUUCGCUUGCAAAACCAACCUUAUAUGGGUUACGGAAGAGUGAUCUAUUGCGUGGAUAUCAUUUUCUGGUACAUCCGUGUCCUGGACAUCUUUGGUGUGAACAAAUACUUGGGACCCUACGUCAUGAUGAUUGGAAAGAUGAUGAUUGACAUGCUGUAUUUUGUGGUCAUUAUGCUGGUGGUCCUGAUGAGUUUUGGGGUGGCCCGCCAAGCCAUCCUCCAUCCCGACGAGGAACCCUCAUGGAGACUGGCCCGUAAUAUCUUCUACAUGCCUUACUGGAUGAUCUACGGAGAGGUCUUUGCUGAUCAGAUAGACCUCUAUGCCAUGGAGAUUAAUCCUCCUUGUGGGGAGAACCUUUAUGAUGAGGAUGGUAAACGUCUCCCCCCUUGUAUUCCUGGUGCUUGGCUGACUCCUGCAAUCAUGGCUUGUUACCUGUUGGUUGCCAACAUUCUCCUGGUCAACCUGUUGAUUGCUGUCUUUAACAACACUUUCUUUGAAGUGAAAUCCAUCUCCAACCAAGUCUGGAAAUUCCAGCGGUAUCAGCUGAUCAUGACGUUCCAUGACAGGCCUGUGCUCCCACCACCCAUGAUCAUCUUCAGCCACCUUUACAUCAUUAUCGUCCGCCUUUGCUGCCGCUGGAAGAAGCAAAAAGAAGGGGACCAAGAUGAGCGUGAUCGUGGGCUGAAGCUGUUCCUAAAUGAUGAAGAGCUGAAGAAACUGUACGAAUUUGAGGAGCAGUGUGUAGAGGAAUAUUUUCGAGAAAAAGAGGAUGAAGAACAGUCGUCAAAUAAUGAACGCAUCCGAGUUACUUCUGAAAGAGUUGAAAAUAUGUCUAUGAGAUUAGAAGAAGUGAACGAAAGGGAGCAUUUCAUGAAAGCUUCUCUUCAGACGGUCGAUCUUCGGCUUUCUCAGCUGGAGGACAUCUCCGGCCGAAUGGCAAACGCUUUGGAGAAGCUGGUGGGCAUUGACAAAGCUGAGCUGACUCACACGCGUUCCCGGGCGUCCUCUGAAUGUGAUGCUGCUUACCUCUUGAGGCAAAGCAGUGUGAACAGCUCUGAUGGCUACAGCAUCUGUCGCUACCAGAGUGAUGAGCUGGUCUAUGAUACAUUGCCCACGCCACUGUCUCCAGCACUGACCUUGCGCAGAGCGGAUUCCAAGCUGCAGCUGGUCCCAGAUCGGCCAGGAAGCCUCCGCUCGGUCUUUUGCGCAAAUGCGGCGACUCCUACGGAAGCCAGUAAAAACACCCUAGAGGUGGUUCAGACUGUCCCUAGGUCCUAUUCCAGUUCAGUAGACCAACAGGACCAUCGUCCAAGCGAUGAGUCCAUGUCCCAAACCCUUAAACAGACAGAUAGUAUUGUGAACAGUCAGUCCGGAACCCAGCCAGCUCUGCGGAAUGCCCAGUUGCCUCUAGAGAGAGCCAAAUUGGAAGCCACUAUCUCUUACCCCUUGGACAAGCCGAGGGCACGGAGGUACUAUCCAGCUGAAGCAGGCAGUGCUUGUCCAGCGGCCAUAAUGAAGUCAAAGAGUUUUAUUUUUGCACAAGGCGGAAAGCUGGUUGGUGGGAUUAACAACUGGACAGUGGUGGACAAGGAAUACAGGACUCUCGUGAACCAGGUGUGCCCUUCUGCAAUUCAACAGUGGACUGCUGAGUGGAAGUAUGAACUUCAGCAAAAAGUGACUGAUGAGCCCCCUCCUGAAUAUCCGGGUAUUGUGCCUAAGCCGGAGAAGCAAGGGGAGCAAAAGCAUUUGCUGACCAACCCUGGAAAGAAUAGUGGGAUAGGCAAAGUUGAGGGUCUAAGUCUCUCCCCUGUGCCCUCACCUCUCAUCCAAAGGAGGCCGACUUGCAACCAACUCUCGGUGAAGUCAGGAAGAGCCUGUGGAUUUCUGCCCGGGCGGUCAAAGAGUUUACACAGCCAGAAAACCAAGUCCAUCAAGGAGAAGCUAAAUAGGCCAGGACAUGCCAGCAGCAUCAGCAGCUUGAUGGUCCCUUCUGGAUCUGCAACGGAGGAGCAGAAAACAAAUCAAGAAAAAGCCUCCACAGAAACCGAAUGCUGAACACGGCCUUCUUCUACGAGCCAGCCGCAGGAGAUGGGAUCAGGCUUGUUUUGCUAAGCCUUGAUAAGAAAAGACUGAUAGGAUAACACUUCUCAAGGACCUGGAAGGCUGUCACCCACAGGAAGACCAAACCCGUUCUGCCUCAUGUUCUUGGGCCACAAACUUACAAUAAUGGAUAGAGGGAGGCAGGUUCAACUGAACAUUAGAAAAAUGGCCUAAGGACCAGGAGAAAAGGA